AUGUCUGGAUUCGAGAUCGCAGGUAUAGUCCUGGGGACACUUCCCCUCGUCGUCACAGCCUUAGAAGCCUACAGCAACUUCCUACGCGAUUGGGGCAAGGCUCCGGCGGAGCUGAGGAGCCUCAACCGGCAAUUAUCCACUGAACGGGUGAGACUGUGCAACGUCUGCGAACAGCUCAUCAGCGAUGUUGUAUCGCAACGAGAUAUUGAGCCGAUGCUUCAGGAUCCAUUUGGACCUCUCUGGCAGGCCAAGGAGACCAACGACAGGAUUCGGCAGAGGCUAUGGGACUCGUACAGCCCGUUUGAAGACACGGUCAAAGAAGUCGGAGAAGCCUUGGAGAGUGUGAUGCUGCGGCUUAGAAUUGACGUAUCAUCCGAUGGGACGGUUCAAUGGAUUGACCGUAAGCGAGUCACUCGCGAUUUCAAGAAGCUUCUUUACCGCCUGAACAGAAAGGACUAUCAAGAAGCUCUAGAAACCAUCUCCAAAGGCAUCACAAGUCUCGAGGGCCUAACGCAGCAGAGCGUUGGCCUUGAGCCUAGACGCCGGAAACAGUCUAGAUGCAAGGUCUUCAAGGUCUUGCGGGACCUCUCAGCGAGCUUCUAUCGAGCGUUAUGCUCUAGUAUUCUGUGUACCGAUUCUCACGACGUCAGUCUCGAACUGGCGACACGAUUCAUAGAGGUUGGACAUGAGUGCGACGACGAGAAGAUCAUCCAGAAUGCUCAAUUCAGACUGGCUAUUUCCUUUGAAGUUGCCAAAGGCCCGACGAGCAAGAUGUUCUGGGAUGAAGUCAAUAUCAAGGCUAUGUCCGUAUCAAUGGCCGUGCCGGCCACGCCAUGUGUUGUGGCUACCAAGACUAAGAGUUCGAAGCGCGUGUCUUUUGGCAUUGAUCGGGCGCUAUCUCGCUUGAAUCUCACAGAAACUGCUACGGAAGUCAAGCCCAGCGUCAAGACUGCCAUGGCUAUCUUAGCUCGCCCCGCUACCGACAUUGCUUUUAUCAAGUGUCCUGAAGAAAGCAGUGCCAUGCCGACGAUAAGCCCUCUGGACCUUUGUCUGGCUCUGAAAAAGGCCCACCAGGAGAGACCUGCUUGUUACGGCCACUUGAUUGACAAGGAAUGUAGCCACCGCCAUUUCCAGGUAUGCCCGUUGGGAACAGUAAUGAACAGCGAUGGUUGGUCGAUAGUGACACUCGAAGAUGUUCUUGAGGGCAAGCAGGGUCUUCGACCAUUGAUAUUGUUGGCAGAGAAAGUCAGACUGGCACUCGUCAUCGCCUCCAGCGUGCUGCAGUUGAGCAAAACGCCCUGGCUUCCCGAGGCUCUAACGCCAAGCAACAUACAUUUCUUCAGGCGUGGAGACACGCUCUCCUAUGAGCAUCCGUUCCUACAGAGGAGGCUACCUGAGUGCUCACUGAAGCGCCUCAAUAAUACGACGGACCGUAUCGGUUACUCUUUAUCGAGCAACCCAACGCUCUUUGCACUCGGCAUUCUGUUGCUGGAGAUUAUUCUGGGUUCUUCGCUUGGGCAGCUACGGAUGCCAGACGAGCAAAGCUCCGACAAUGAGAACGAUUGCCUAAUCCAGAACUUGACUAUUGCAAAUAGGAUGCUAGAGCAGAGAGUAGCGUUGAUCAACCCAGCGUACAAGGAAGUGGUUGAAAGGUGUAUAGGAUGUACAGAUUCUAAAGAGCUCGACGAGGAUGACUUUCGGCAGACAGUGUAUAAUGGUGUUGUUAUGGAGCUGGAAGCCAUCUGGGAUCACACAAAGCUUGGAAUGUGA